CCUCCUUUUCCGUCCGUUAUGUAGCAAAUGUGUAGUAAUUCGUUCGGUUGCUUUCUAUUUGGUUUCUCGUCUUUGUUUUUGUUGUCGACACUUCCACUGAGUACUUUUUUUAUUGUGUGUGUACGUUUGUGUGUGUUGUGUACGUGCCUAUUACUUGAAAAUUGUGUAAAUCCAAAACCUCUAAACGAACGAAAAUGAUUGAAAACAAGAAGAACGGCAGUGAUAGAAAACGACGCUGCAACAACAACACCACCUAUGCGAUUUAAGAAGAGGAAGAGACACGGUGUAAACGAGUUUCGUAUCUUCGGCGCGCGCUCUUUAUCCAACCCAUCACAGACAACGAAUCGAAACCCUGUAUAUCCCUGUACAUCCAGCGCCAAGGUGAAACUGUGGGCCUCAGCUGUGGCAUUGAGUUCUAUCCUAGAGAAUACCCGAUAUACGGUCUAUCCCCCCCCCCCAUUCUCAGCUAUAUUAUUACAAAUUGAAUUUGAACAAACAGUGUAUGUUCGAUUCAAAGAGCAAGAAGAAGCAGAAAAGCAAUUUGGCGGCGAUGGACAGGCAGUACAAAUUAAAAGCUACAUAGAUGGAACACACGCAUACAUACACGGACAAGGCAAACAAACCGACAAACACACACGCCCAGAGCAAAAGGAAAGGCAAAUAGUAUAGCCGAGACGCACAGUAGGCGUCUCGCUUUAACCCCCAGCGACAGCACAGCACACAUUGUAUUGGCUGGCGGAUUCCAUGUUAGAACGGGACAACAAUCGGUUCGAUAAGCGAGGAGUUGCCAGUCAGUCCGUUUGGCUCGUUUUAUUUUACGGUUGUCGUCUAGUGGCAAAUGUCAUCAGAAAUUACAACACUGCGGAUGGAAGACAUCUACUAGCAGAGCAGCAACAACUCCAACAACAUCUGGACACAACAACAACAUCCACGAAGCAGCACCAGCAGGCAGGAGGAAGAAGAAGAACCUCGCAUCGGCCGCAAUAAUAUAAACAAAAAUGUGGCCCACCAUGCAAGCGACGACCACAGUGCGAACAACUAGAGCAACGUCCACCUGUACGUCCCUAUCUGCAUCGGCGACGACAUCAUUGCAAGGCAACAGAAGCAGUAUCAGCAGCGCCAUAGCCGCAAAAAACAGAUGCCUCAUCAAAUCCGCAAUCGAACGGUCAGUGGUGCGGCCCAUAUCAAUAGCUGCUAUACAGCAUGCAGCCCAGGCCCCAGUGCCCGCUGUUCCACAGGCUGUGCCUGCCGUGAAGACGACCGAGCUUGAGUACGACAUCAUCAACUACUAUACGGAUUCACCCUCAUCCACCACGCCAUGCCUCGCUGUCAGUCCCCGGCAGCAGCAGCCAGCAAUGUGCCCCCCACUGACACAGGGCUCUGGGUCGGCCCGUCGCUGCUCUCGCCUCAUCGGCAACCAUCAACCAGCACUGGAAACGAAUGCUGUUGAGGCGGGAUUAGCAGCCGACGCCACCGCCACCGCAUGUGGCAGUCUUUCGACUAGCGAGGAGACCACACAGGAAGAGGAGCUCGAUUUAUUUGCCGAGGACUCACACACAUCGAGGCCGUCGCCCUCGUUUACCACCAAAACGCUGCGUUGCCGCAGCACCGCUGCAGCCUUGGACAUGGAUGCCCGUUCCCGCGGCGGCGGUGGGGCACAGAGUCGUCAACGGAAACCGAAGGCCAUAGUGCCGCCCCGUACCGAAGCCCUCAGUAGCAGCAACGGCAGCACAGGCGACAGCCGCAGCCCCAGCAGUACACCCAGCAUCGAAUCCUCGCCCACACCCAGCUCCACACUGGGCGUUAAUAUGCGGGUUACGGGCCAAUGCAGCCAGGGAGGACGCAAAUACAUGGAGGAUCAAUUCUCUGUGGCCUACCAGGAGUCGCCGCUCACCCACGAGCUGGAGUACGCCUUCUUUGGGAUCUAUGAUGGCCAUGGCGGACCCGAGGCCGCCCUCUUUGCCAAGGAACACCUGAUGCUGGAGAUUGUGAGGCAGAAGCAGUUCUGGUCGGACAACGAUGAGGAUGUGCUGAAAGCCAUACGCGAGGGCUACAUAGCCACGCACUUUGCAAUGUGGCGGGAGCAAGAUAAAUGGCCACGCACCGCCAACGGACACCUGAGCACGGCUGGCACAACGGCAACGGUGGCCUUUAUGCGACGCGAGAAGAUCUACAUCGGUCAUGUGGGUGAUUCGGGUAUUGUGCUGGGCUACCAGCAGCCAAACGAACGCCAGUGGCGGGCCAAACAGCUGACGACCGACCACAAACCGGAGUCGCACGAGGAGAAGUCACGCAUCCAGCGGUCCGGCGGUAUGGUGGCCAUCAAGAGUGGUGUGCCGCGUGUGGUCUGGAAUCGGCCACGGGAUCCCCAGCAUCGUGGUCCCAUCCGUCGGCGUACGGUUAUCGACGAUAUACCCUUUUUGGCAGUGGCCCGCUCCUUGGGCGAUCUCUGGAGCUACAAUUCACGGUGCAAGGAGUUCGUUGUGAGUCCUGAUCCGGAUGUUAAGGUUGUUAAAAUAGACCCGAACAUGUUUAGAUGCCUUAUCUUUGGCACCGAUGGCCUCUGGAAUGUGGUGACGGCCCAGGAGGCAGUGGACGCUGUCCGAAAGCAGCAUCUCAUUGGCGAGAUCCUCAACGAGCAGGAUGUGAUGAACCCCAGCAAAGCCCUGGUCGAUCGGGCCCUCAAGACGUGGGCAUCGAAAAAAAUGCGUGCGGACAAUACGUCCGUGGUAACUGUGAUAUUAACACCAUCGUCGACGACAUCUGGCUCCUCCCAGGAGACCUCCCCCAUACCAUCUCCCUGCGAUGGCCCGCCGGCACGCAGAGAUGCCUGCGAUAUGGAUAUGGAAGUGGAUGUGGAUGUGGAUGCCCUGCUGGAUGCCGACGACGAGGACAGUGCAAUGGAUAGCGAGAACAGCUGUCCAGAUCCAGCUCACUGCAUCGAGGAGGAGGACUACAUUCUGGAUGCCCCAUACAGUGCCUUGGCGAAGCGGCAUCUACCGCCGGAGCCGUUUCGCAAUUUUGAUUACUAUGCCAUCGAAGAGGAGGACGAGCAGGAGGAGGAUGAAACCGACGAAUAUCUCGAGGGUGAAGCCAUCGAACCCGCCGAACAAGUGGCAGUCGAGUCGGAUGCGGCUGCAGCUGCGCUGCAGCAGCGGCUACCGCGAUUCUCCUACGAUGCCCAACGUCUCAAGCGGAGUCUGCACAAUCAUCGCAAGAAGUGGCGGAAAUCCAACACUACGGGAGUGUAUCCCUGGCGUGGAUUGGUGGAGCAACAGCUGGAGGCGGAGGCAGACGAAAGUGUGGUCAUUCUGGAAGAGGAGCAUCAUUUGCAUCACUAUUCCAAUGGGACUCUCAUUGAUCGCGCCGCCAUGUACGGACAUUCGGUUCCUGCCCCCUCAAGCAGCAGCAGCAGCACCACCAGCGGAGGAGGAGCAGUCCGAGAGCUUACCGAACUGGAGCAUCAUCUGGAGCAGCAUUUGGAGAGCAGCUUCGGCAGCUACGGCUCCAGUGUGGGCUGCCUGGGCUCCGAUUACAGUUUCGCCGAAUCCUACAACACGCUCCUCAACGAACAGGAGCAGAAGGCACGUUCCCGUUCGGCGGCAGCUGCUGCCGAGGCGGAGGCGGCCGCUGCUGCUGCCAUGGAUGAUCGCAGCAUGCAGGAGAUUAUACAGGAACAGCAGCACUAUCAGCAGCAGGAGGGGUACUCCCUCACACAGCUGGAGACGCGACGAGAGCAGUUGCAUCAGCUGCAUCCGCACCAGCCACAGGAUCAGGAGCAAGAGCAGGAAACUUGGACGCCAUCCGAGUACGUGGAACAACAGCAGCAGGCGCAUCAGGAAGAAGAGACGACCGCUAAGGAGCCAGAGCCAUCGGAGCUCUUGGAAUUGAAUGCUUUGCUGCAGCAGGAGCGGGCCGAGGAGGAGCAGGUGGCUCUGGAGCGGGAGCAGCAACUGCAGCGGGAGCAGGAGCAUAUGGAGGCCACCUACAGCAGUUCCAGCUCCAGUUCCAGUUGCAGUGAAACAGAUUUCACAUUUUCCAGCAGUUGGAGCACUUUGAAGAAGGCAACAAGAACGGAAACAGAGCCGGAACCGGAGCCCGAGCCAGAGCCCGAGGAGGAGGAGUCAUCACCACCGUCACCGCCCACCCUUCAGGACAAUCAAGUGAGCUCCACCCUCCCCUCGACACCAACAUCCGCCCCAGAGCCAGGCCUAACCACAGCGAUGGCGCAGGUGCGUGAAACAGUGGCCGAGAUCCGCAAGGAGGAUGCCCAUGCCGUCCAUUAUAUCAUCGAACAGAUCCAGAAACUGCAGGAGGUCGACUGCAUACCACAAGCAUCCCUCGAUCGGGCCAAUGCUCUGGUUAAUGAUUUGGCUUCUGCCUCAUCAGCAUCAGUGGCAGCCACGCCUGUGACAUCGCAGCGCAUCCGUCAGAUGCGUCGAUAUCGGAAUGUGCCCAAUGAGAAUCACCAGCACAUGCAGACGCGGCUCCGACAGGUGUUUAAGCACUGCAAGAACAGGUCCUUGAGUGCGGCGUCCAUCAGAGAUGCCGCUGUUGGCGCAGGAGCAGGAGCAAUUGCAAUCGGAGGAGCAGCUGUAGCCGCAGGUGCAGGAGGAGGAGCGGGCAAUGACUCGUCUUCUUCAGUUGUAAUUGCUGCCCGCAAGAGCAUCAUUGCUGCGACCAGCAGCAGCAUCAAGAGCGGGAGCGGAAAUGGGAACACCAAUGGGACCGUCCGCAGCAACACCAGCAGCAGUUCCAUUAUGAUGACUCGCCGCAGCCAGACCCUAGCCAUCAGCGGGGGUGCGGGAACUGUGAACAAGCGCCAGCUGCGUAGCACCAUCUGCAGUGUCGGCGGCAUGGACAUGACCAAACGGACGCUCAGGACAAGGAAUGUCCCAACAGUGGGAGUGGAAGCCACAGCCGUGAAUGGAGCGACAGCUGCUCCAUUGCCUGUGAAUGUGAAUAGUAGAGGUGGAGGAGGAGCCACCAGCACACAAAGCGUCGUCGCCAGUGCCAGUGGCAGCAGCAAUUCCGGAAGCAAUACUGCCAGUCGGCGCCUCAAGCGCACCCAACAGGAGCGCGAACAGCGACGCAGCCUACGCCGGAGUACACUGAAUGCCGCUAUGACCGGUGGGGGGUCAAGCGGGAACGCCAAUACACCAUCACCGUUUAGCAAGCCGACGCGUCUGCAAUCGUCAUGCAAUGGAGCGGGUGCCAUCUCUGCCCGGCCACCGCCUUCGCCUAAAAAGCUCAACAUAGUCGUACCCACAUUGGCCAUUGGCACCCGGGCCUACACGGCGGCCAUGGCCGCCUCCGCUGUGCAGCUGAACAAACGAUGGUCCCUGCGCAGCAGUCGCCAGCAGGUGGCAAAAGGAGCGCCACCCGGCACGGGGAGCACCAGCAGCAACAGCAAUGGCAGCGGCGGCGGCGGCGGCACUAGCAUCACCAGUCAUAGGAUGAUGAUGACAGCCAUCAGCUGUUACAGUGUGCGCAAUCGAGGCGGAAAUCAAGAGCAAUCAGGUGCCGCCACAUCGCAGCAGCAGCAGCAGCAGCAGCAUCAGCAACAGGCGACGACACGCAGGCGCUGAUCGGAUGUGAUUCUAUCGGAUAUGGGCACACAGCGGGAGCAAUUCCAAGUACAAAUCAGCAGCAUGAGGUGCAUCAAUCCUCUGACCAUUUUGGACAAACACAAUUUAUAUAUAUAUAUAUAUAUACAUAUACAUAUUUUUCUUCAUUGUUAAAUUAUGAGAAAUGCCAAAUAGCUGCCUAAAUUUAUCAUACACCCCGAGGCAUCCCACCUCAACAGCCCCUUCCCCACACAAACAUAUAUCAGUGUCGUUUUUGUUGUAAAUAGAGAAAUAUUAGUUCUGAAA